AUGACUUCUGAAGGAAUGGCAGCUUCUGUUCUCACACCUGUGACUCAAAGAAAAGUGACAUUUGCUCCAUCGGCUGUAGAUGAAAGUAGUGAAAAGGUCUCAGACAUCAGUGUUCCAAAGGCACAUAGUGUCAAGCAGAGUGAGCAGACUUCUACCAUCCCGUGGAUGAACAAGCUUAAAGAAGAAUCUUCUGGAAGCAACUUGCCCAAAAUUCUCUCCAUAGCAAGGGAGAAAAUAGCAAGUGAUGAGAACAGCAAUGAAGAGUGCUGGACGGAAAGCACACCAGUUUCUGUGAAAAACCUUAACAUUAACCAUAACAACAUCCUGACAAACCGCCAGUGCGUCCUUCCUCAGAGCCAGUCUUAUGACACGUGCAAUUCUGUCAUGGAGGAAGACCCAUGUUUAGAAACUGGAAUCUCAUCCUCACUGGAAAGAAAGGUAUUCCCUGGAAUUCAACUGGAAGUCAACAGACCUCCCAUGGACUUUAGGCCUACAGGCCUAAUGGACUUUAGUACCUUAGGAAGUCAGUCAGCCAUUGUAGAUACUGGCCAGGCGCACCCUGACAGCAACAAAGCAGCAUUUCAAAUCUUUAAUUAUAAAGUUGACAGAAGGAUGUCUGACACUUUCUGUACCCUGUCAGGUGACUUGAUAUUGGAUGACUGUGGAAACUGUGUGCCACUGUCAUCUGGUUUUGGCGGGGAGCAAAAGAAAAAUUACGUGGCAUAUACCUGUAAACUCAUGGAAUUGGCUGAAAACUGUGAUAAUGAGAAUGGACAGCUGCAGUGUGAUGAUUAUGAUGCCUUGGAUGACAAAUACUUGUGCUUUGAAGAUUCUUGCCAAAGGGACAGUGUGGUAUGUUCAAGUGACAGCUUUCGCAGGGAGGACCUAACUAACAGUCCACCUGCCAAGACCUUUCUGAGCCAUUUUGAAGACUUCCCUGAUAAUGGUGAAGAUGUAGAAGAUUUUUUAAAAAACAAAAAGGAGAGAUCCACUUUGUUAGUGAGGAGAUUUUGUAAAAAUGACAGAGAAGUAAAGAAAUCUGUGUAUACUGGGACAAGGGCAAUCAUGAGAACUCUGCCUUCUGGUCACAUUGGGCUGGAAGCUUACAGUUACAUCGAUCAGAAGAGAAGUGGUCCCUUAUUACCCCGUGGGAGAGUUCUGGAACAGCUGCCAGUGGUGGCAAUUAGGCAAGAUGGGAGCCAGUGCCUGUCAGAAGCCCAGUGGUAUCGGAUCUACAAUGCAGUGAGAAGGGAAGAAGAAAUAGAAAAUACCAUUGGAUCUCUUCUCCAUUACUUUACCAAGCUCCCAGCCUCCAAGACAGCCCAUGAAAGGAUUAGUGUUGGUCCAUGCCUAAAGCAGUGUGUCCGAGACACCAUAUGUGAGUAUCGUGCCACCCUCCAGAGGACGUCCAUAUCUCAGUACAUCACGGGUUCGCUCCUAGAAGCAACCACAUCUUUAGGAGCGAGAAGUGGCCUACUCAGUACUUUUGGAGGAUCCACUGGACGAAUGAUGCUAAAAGAACGCCAGCCAGGCACCUCCAUGGCCAAUUCCAGUGCCCUCCCUUCAAGUUCCGCUGGAAUCAGCAAGGAGCUGAUUGACCUGCAGCCUCUCAUUCAGUUCCCAGAGGAAGUCGCCAGCAUCCUGAUGGAGCAGGAACAGAACAUUUACCGAAGGGUCUUACCAGUUGACUAUCUUUACUUCUUGACCCGGGACUUGGGCACUCCAGAAUGCCAGACACCCCUGCCCUGCCUCAAAGCAUCCAUCUCAGCUUCAAUUCUUAGCUCCCAGAACGGAGAGCACAAUGCCCUGGAAGAUCUUGUGAUGAGAUUUAAUGAGGUGAGCUCCUGGGUGACAUGGCUGAUCCUCACGGCGGGCUCCAUGGAGGAGAAGCGAGAAGUCUUCUCCUAUUUGGUGCAUGUGGCCAAAUGCUGCUGGAACAUGGGCAACUACAAUGCUGUCAUGGAGUUCUUGGCUGGUCUCAGGUCAAGAAAAGUUUUAAAAAUGUGGCAGUUUAUGGACCAAUCUGACCUCGAGACCAUGAGGAGCCUGAAGGACGCCAUGGCUCAGCAUGAAUCUUCCUGCGAAUAUCGGAAGGUGAUAACGAGGGCUCUGCACAUACCUGGCUGUAAAGUGGUUCCAUUCUGUGGAGUGUUUCUGAAGGAGCUCUGUGAAGUACUGGACGGAGCCUCUGGCCUCAUGAAGCUUUGCCCGAGGUACAAUUCCCAAGAAGAAACUCUAGAGUUUGUAGCAGAUUACAGUGGACAAGAUAAUUUCUUACAACGAGUGGGGCAUAAUGGCUUAAAGAAUUCAGAGAAGGAGUCCACUGUCAACAGCAUCUUUCAAAUCAUUAGGAGCUGCAGCCGAAGUCUGGAGGCUGAGGAAGAGGACAGCCCCAGUGAAGGGAACAGCUCUAGGAAAAAUUCUUUAAGGGACAAAGCCCGAUGGCAAUUUAUAAUCGGAGAUUUGUUGGAUUCCGAAAAUGACAUCUUUGAGCAAUCCAAAGAAUGGGACUCUCCCAGCUCAGAAGAGCCUCAGAAAGCCUUUGACCAUGGGACAGAGCUGAUCCCUUGGUACGUGCUGUCCAUCCGAGCAGAUGUGCACCAGUUCCUGCUACAGGGCGCCACCGUCCUCCGCUACGACCAGGACACGCACCUCUCUGCCCGCUGCUUCCUCCAGCUUCAGCCUGACAAUAGCACCUUGACAUGGAUAAAGCCCACAGCUGCCUCCCCGGCCAGUGCUAGAGCAAAACUCGGUGUGCUGAGCAACACGUCUGAGCCUGGCAAGUUCCCGUCACCAGGCAGUGCCGGACUAAGCGGCCUGGCCGAGGGGGUCCUGGAUCUGUUUUCAGCAAAGGCUGUGUACAUGGGACACCCUAGCAUUGAUAUCCACACUGUGUGUGUCCAGAACAAACUCGGUAGCAUGUUUCUCUCAGAGACUGGCGUGACCCUGCUCUACGGGCUCCAGACCACAGACAAUAGAUUAUUGCACUUUGUGGCACCCAAACACACUGCUAAGAUGCUCUUCAGUGGAUUGCUAGAACUCACGAGGGCCGUGAGGAAGAUGAGAAAGUUCCCUGACCAGAGGCAGCAGUGGCUGCGGAAACAGUAUGUUAGCCUCUAUCAGGAGGACGGACGGUAUGAGGGCCCAACUUUGGCUCACGCUGUGGAGUUGUUUGGUGGCCGGCGAUGGAGUACACGCAAUCCCAGCCCUGGGACAUCUGCAAAGAGUGCUGAGAAGCCCAGUGUGCAGAGAAACAACACCUUGGGCAUAAGCACCACCAAGAAAAAGAAGAAAAUCCUUAUAAGGGGUGAGAGUGGAGAGGCAGCCGACGAUGAGAUGGCCACCCGGAAGGCCAAAAUGCACAGGGAGUGUCGCAGCCGGAGUGGUUCUGACCCACAAGACAUGAAUGAGCAAGAAGAAUCUGAGGCAAAUGCCAUCAUGAGCCCUCCUAACACUCUGCCUUCCAGAAGAGCCCACUCUUUGACUACAGCUGGGUCCCCUAAUUUGUCUGCCGGGACAUCAUCUCCCAUCAGGCCAGUGUCCUCCCCUGUGCUGUCUUCUUCAAACAAGAGCCCGUCCAGUGCUUGGAGCAGCAGCAGCUGGCAUGGAAGGAUCAAAGGAGGAAUGAAGGGUUUUCAGAGCUUCAUGGUUUCAGACAGUAACAUGAGUUUUGUUGAAUUUGUUGAGCUGUUCAAAUCAUUCAGUGUGAGGAGCCGCAAGGACCUGAAGGAUCUCUUUGACAUCUACGCUGUGCCCUGCAAUCGGGCCGGCUCUGAGUCGGCCCCGCUCUACACCAACCUAACAAUAGACGAAAACACCAGCGAUCUUCAGCCUGACCUAGAUUUAUUGACCAGAAACGUCUCGGAUUUGGGGUUGUUCAUUAAGAGUAAACAGCAGCUGUCAGACAACCAGAGGCAGAUUUCUGAUGCCAUUGCUGCUGCAAGUAUCGUGACGAAUGGCACUGGGAUCGAGAGCACAUCUUUGGGCAUCUUUGGGGUUGGCAUACUCCAGCUCAAUGACUUCCUAGUCAACUGCCAGGGAGAACACUGCACUUACGAUGAAAUCCUCAGCAUCAUCCAGAAGUUCGAGCCUAGCAUUAGUAUGUGUCAUCAGGGCCUACUGUCCUUUGAAGGAUUUGCAAGGUUUCUGAUGGAUAAAGAUAAUUUUGCCUCCAAAAAUGAUGAGUCACAGGAGAACAUUAAAGAUUUGCAGCUGCCUCUCUCCUACUAUUACAUUGAGUCUUCACACAAUACCUACCUCACAGGCCACCAGCUCAAAGGAGAGUCAUCGGUAGAACUCUAUAGCCAGGUCCUCCUGCAAGGCUGUAGAAGUGUAGAGUUGGACUGCUGGGAUGGAGAUGACGGGAUGCCCAUCAUCUAUCACGGACACACACUAACAACCAAGAUCCCCUUCAAGGAGGUGGUUGAAGCCAUCGACCGCAGUGCCUUCAUCAACUCUGACCUGCCCAUCAUCAUAUCGAUUGAGAACCACUGCUCGUUGCCUCAGCAACGAAAAAUGGCAGAAAUUUUCAAGACUGUGUUUGGAGAAAAACUGGUGGCUAAAUUCCUGUUUGAGAGCGAUUUCUCAGAUGAUCCAAUGCUUCCCUCACCUGACCAACUUAGGAGGAAAGUGCUUCUUAAAAAUAAGAAGCUAAAAGCCCACCAGACACCAGUGGAUAUCUUAAAGCAAAAGGCUCAUCAGUUAGCAUCCAUGCAAGCUCAGGCUUAUAAUGGGGGAAAUGUCAACCCUCCACCUGCUAAUAACGAGGAAGAGGAAGAUGAAGAGGACGAAUAUGAUUAUGACUAUGAAUCCCUGUCUGAUGACAACAUUCUAGAAGACAGACCUGAAAAUAAAUCAUGUAAUGACAAGCUUCAGUUUGAGUAUAACGAAGAAAUCCCCAAGAGGAUAAAGAAAGCAGAUAAUUCUGCUUUCAACAAAGGAAAGGUUUAUGACAUGGAACUGGGAGAAGAAUUUUAUCUUCCUCAGAAUAAAAAGGAAAGCAGACAGAUUGCACCAGAGCUUUCUGACCUUGUCAUCUACUGCCAAGCGGUAAAGUUUCCGGGGCUGUCAACUCUAAAUGCAUCUGGCUCUAACAGAGGAAAAGAGAGGAAAAGCAGGAAGUCCAUUUUUGGCAACAAUCCGGGCAGAAUGAGCCCUGGGGAGACAGCAUCGUUUAACAAAGCAUCUGGAAAAAGUUCCUGUGAAGGAAUGCGACAGGCGUGGGAGGAAUCUUCUUCCCCCCUCAACCCAACCACAUCCCUCAGCGCUAUCAUUAGAACUCCCAAAUGUUACCAUAUCUCAUCGCUGAAUGAAAAUGCCGCCAAACGUCUGUGUCGCAGGUAUUCUCAGAAACUGAUCCAGCACACUGCCUGUCAGCUGCUGAGGACUUACCCGGCUGCCACACGCAUCGACUCCUCCAACCCCAAUCCUCUCUUGUUCUGGCUCCAUGGGAUACAGCUCGUGGCACUCAACUACCAGACAGAUGAUCUCCCUUUACAUUUAAAUGCUGCCAUGUUUGAGGCCAACGGUGGCUGUGGUUAUGUUUUGAAACCCCCCGUUCUGUGGGACAAGAACUGUCCCAUGUACCAGAAGUUUUCACCCUUGGAAAGAGACCUGGACAACAUGGAGCCUGCCGUCUAUUCCUUAACUAUUGUCUCUGGUCAAAACGUGUGCCCAAGUAGCAGCACGGGAAGCCCAUGUAUCGAAGUGGACGUGCUGGGCAUGCCCCUGGACAGUUGCCACUUCCGCACAAAACCCAUCCACCGGAACACUUUGAACCCCAUGUGGAAUGAACAGUUUCUCUUCCGGGUUCACUUUGAAGAUCUCAUAUUCCUGCGUUUUGCAGUUGUGGAAAACAAUAGCUCAGCCAUAACCGCUCAGAGAAUCAUCCCCCUCAAGGCUUUAAAACGAGGAUAUCGACAUCUUCAGCUGCGAAACCUCCACAAUGAAGUCUUGGAAAUCUCUAGUUUAUUCAUAAACAGCAGAAGGAUGGAAGAAAAUUCCUCCAGCAGUGCCACGCCAGCCUCUUUGAUGUUUAAUACAGAAGAAAGAAAAUGUUUGCAGACUCACAGAGUCACAGUGCAUGGGGUCCCAGGUCCAGAGCCCUUUACUGUUUUCUCCAUAAGUGGAGGCACGAAGGCAAAGCAGCUUCUCCAACAGAUUCUAACUACUGAACAAGACACCAAACCUAUUGUCACAGACUAUUUUUUGAUGGAAGAAAAAUAUUUUAUAUCUAAAGAAAAGAAUGAAUGCAGGAAACAACCAUUUCAGAGAGUCAUCGGUCCAGAAGAAGAGAUCAUGCAGAUUUUAAGCAGCUGGUUUCCAGAGGAAGGAUAUGUUGGCAGGAUUGUCUUAAAAACCCAGCAGGAAAACCUAGAAGAGAGAAGCAUUGUUCAAGAUGAGAAAGAGGUGAUCUUGAGCUCGGAGGAGGAGAGCUUCUUUGUCCAAGUGCAUGACGUUUCUCCAGAGCAACCUCGGACGGUCAUCAAAGCGCCCCGUGUCAGCACCGCUCAGGAUGUCAUUCAACAGACCUUAUGCAAAGCCAAAUAUUCCUAUAGCAUCCUGAGUAACCCCAACCCGAGUGACUAUGUGCUUCUGGAAGAGGUGGUGAAAGAUGCUACCAAGAAGUCCUCCACCCCAAAGUCCUCCCAGCGGGUCCUUUUGGACCAAGAGUGUGUGUUUCAAGCCCAGAGCAAGUGGAAAGGUGCUGGAAAAUUCAUCCUCAGGCUAAAGGAGCAGGUGCAGGCAUCCCGAGAAGAUAAAAGAAAAGGCAUUUCUUUCGCAAGUGAAUUCAAGAAGUUCACCAAAUCAACUAAACAGCCCCGAGGACUCACAUCUUCUCAGGUCUUGGCCUCAGAAAGUGUCCAAAACAAGGAGGAGAAGCCCACGGGCAGCUUGUCCUCCAGUGACACCACAGACUCCCGACAAUAA